AUGGCCUCUGCCUUGGCUGCCCAGAAAGACCUCGACAUUCACGCGGACAUGGCCGGCAAUUUUCGAGUCUCAUCGGGGUGCGGAAAUAACCUCACCCUUGGUAUGGAGGCUUCUCAAGCUAAAGCCCAACAAGCCGACAAGUUGGGAGGCAUCGCCACAGGUGUUUGCCUACCAGCGUCGCACAGCGGCGCCGUCACGCUGACGUGCGCCGGGCUAGAUCUUUUAGAUGAUGACGAGGACGAUUGCGGAGAACCUUUUGGCAAAACUCUCACUGAGAGCACAGAAGCGCCAAGCGAGCCGUCGACGCCGGAGAGUGCAAACCUUUCCAGAGACGAGCCCCGGCAGCUCCUGAUGCUGCUUUCGAGCCGACGCGUCGCGGCUGUGUUGAGGGAGACACUGCAGACGCUUGAUCCUAAAGCGGAGGCUUUUCUGAGCCAGCGCAAAGUCCUGAAGGUCCUGGCAGAAGUGCACUUCGUGUGGAAGGUGCGCCACGCCUGGGCUGCGCAACCGGAGGAGUCCUGGGGCUCUUUCUUGCAAGGCGUGGAGGAUGCCUUGCUUCCCAGCAGUGGGUUGAGAGUGCAGCUCGUGGAGCCACAGGACUGGUCCGACAUCAAGAGCAUGUGCCUUCGGCUGCCACUGUCAGCUCUCAGCAAGAUGGUUGCUGCAUCUCUGCGAUUUUACCACUGCCCCAAGCCGAAGAUGCUCCUGCGACUCACUACCCUUCUGAAGCAGCAUCUUCCAUGA